GAAAAGUCUUUGCCGGAGCUGCCGUGACGUGUCGGCUGCAAAAGCAGCGGAGUACUGUUUCGUUUUUUUCUGUCUACGCCAGUACCAAUUUGUGGGUGUUUAUAAUUAACGGAUAAGGCCAUUCAACGACGUGCGCAGCACACACCGUUACACGCACACACCAUCAUCACGGAAAUGGCCACAACCUCCUCUUCGUUUAUGGUCGAGGAGACCGGCGUGUGCGUCCUGCUUGCACUGCGCCACCGCACGAUCGUCGCCUCGAUCGAGGUGAAGCUGCUACCCCCUCCGUCUUCCCCAGAGAAGGUGUCCACUUUUGUGGUGUGGGCGCUCACGGUGCCACGGCACGGGCGCAGCUUCGCGGACGACUUCUACGCCGUCGCGGUGCCGGUGCCACUGGGUUUCGUCUCCUGCACAUCUACCCAGCCGUCGCCGCUGCCGCCGCGAAGGUGUCCCUCGCGCACAGCUGUGCUGUCGCUGGGGAGGUGGGAACUGUCUCGCGACACGCACGUGGCGCUGCUGCUCGCACCGCCGGAGUGCGCCGUCGAUGUCGUGCGUCAAACUCUGACGACGGCACUGCACCCAAAGCGGCGGGCGUUACCGCUGACUGCUGAGGCGGAGCCGCGCGCACUGCCCGUUCUGCCGGCGGCGCACUGGCGGCUGUGCGGCAGCUUCGCAGCGACGCCCGCCGCGGCCGCCGACGAGGCGGAGUGGCAGCCCCUUCUUCACCGGCGCUGGCAUGAGCUGAAGGGCUACGUGCGUCAAGGCACGGCUGUGACGUACUUUCCGAGCUUCCACCACACACGUCGUGCCGAUAAUGUGACGAGCGACAGCGAUGAGGAGGGAGAGGAGGCGCCGCCCAUGUACGCGGGUGAUGUGAGAGAAGCAGAUGCGAUUUCAAUGAACCGGCAGUACGUGCGCUGGGCGGAUGGCGGUGUGGGCCUCUAUGACGAGGUGAAGCCCUUCUACCGCGUCUACCAUCCGGCGCGGCAGGAGAAGACGAUACGUGUGCGUCGCUUUCCGCACCGCUACGCGGACGUAGUCGGUGAGAUUCCUUUUGGGCAGUGUGUCGAGGCAUUUGGCCGGGCAACCGACCCGUUCACGCAGGAGCAGUACGUUCUCCUGUACCUGCCGGCCGCAGAGGCUUUUGCGCCUCACAUCGCCACCUACGAUCUCAUCUUUGUGGAAGAGGGCCGGUAUGUGUGGGGGUGGUCCAAGCUGGCUGGCAGCAGUGGACUCCCGCUGCUGGUGGAGCGGCAGGUCGACGGAGCAACGAGCAAUGGUAGACUUAUGACGGGGGCUUCACCUAUGAACGCAACGACCACCACUGCUAGUAGUAGUGAGUUGCCCACCUCUACCUCACGUACCAAUGCGCAGGAGGCAGGCAGCAAAGCAGCAGUGAUGCCGCUGCCAGAGGGGACCUUCUACACACCUGUACGGGAGGGUCGCGCCGUGCGCAUCCGCAAGCGACCCACGCUGACGGCAGCGACGCUGCGAGAGAUGGAGACGAACGAGGUGCGGGCCGCCGACGCGCUCCUCACCGUUCUCAUUCGCCUCCCCUCCGACCCAGCUGGCCCGGCCACUCCACACGUUUUUGUGCAGUGGCUGCAGGGCGGCUACUCGCUGCUGCGGAAUGCGGUGGAGUGCUUUUUGGUGCCGGUGGUGCUGUCGCGUGUGCCGCGGCGCUUUCCAAUCCGCACGCGUAGCUGCAGCGGCAUUGACGAUGACGAGGCGUCGCAGGAGGUGAUUGACCUGUGCCGGCAGCGCGCACGCAAGCGGGGGCGUCACAUUGACUCUUCUGAGGACGACGACUCGGGAGCGGAGCUAGAGGCGAUGGUGCACAAAGGGAAGCACACCGCUGCAACGGCUGCUGCAUCCGAGGACUCCCUGCUCAGUCCUUACUCGCUUCCGGCAGCGCUGCAGGAGGGCCUGCGGAAAGGCGUUGUGCGACUCGAGGACCUCCCUCCCCUCCGCCACUUCAACGACGACGAGGAUGAGGGCGAGGAAGCAGAAACAGACGACAGUGAUGCUUCUUCCAGCGAGGCGUGA